GCUGUACCCAGGAGUGGAAAGUUCUCUGCUGCUCUGAGAUCUCAAGAGCGACAUUGGUGAGAUCAGCUCCUUCGACCAGAUUUCUUUCGGAAUCUGCUUUGCUUGCGUCAGAUCCACGCAGGAUUUCAUCAUGAGGAAUGGCUACUACAAGGUGGUAGCGAUGGUGCUGUUGGUCGUGAAUUUUGAGAGGACGAGAGCAGUGCAGGAUUUUUGUGGCACCUGUCCAGCUGGUACUUUCUGUGGGAAAAGCAGGAAUCGGACGUGUAUUCCCUGUCCUCUGGACAGCUACUCCAGCACAGGUGGCCAGCAAGCCUGUAACAUAUGUACCAAGUGUGAAGGUUUCCACAGGGUCAAGACGCCGUGCUCCUCCACCAGCGACGCGGAGUGCGGCUGCAUCUCAGGAUUCCACUGCUGGGGGGCCGGAUGCGCCAUGUGUGACCCAGACUGUAAGCCAGGCCAGGAGCUGACACCAGAGGGUUGUAAAGACUGUACGGCUGGGACAUUCAACGAUCAGGAAGGUGGCAUCUGUAGACCCUGGACUAACUGUUCACUGGAUGGAAAAUCAGUACUUGCAGAGGGGACGAAGGACAGCAAUGUGGUGUGUGGACCCGCUUUGCCCGACAUCUCUCCAGGCCGCUGUAUGCAGAGCCUCACCUUCUUCCUGGCGCUGACCUCAGCUGUGGUGGUGUUCCUGCUGGUCUUCCUGGCGCUACGGCUCUCCGUGGUCAAAUGGGGCAGGAAGAAGUUCCUGUACAUAUUCAAGCAACCAUUUAAACCAGUACAAACAGCCCAAGAGGAAGAUGCCUGCAGUUGCCGGUUUCCAGAAGAAGAAGAAGGAGAAUGUGAACUGUGAAAUGAAAUCUCAAGAGCUGUCAGAACUGACCGGAAAAGAAGCAAGAGAAUUGGGGCGAUCCCCCUGUCAUGUCCUUUUAAAAUGAAAAGUCUCACCCUAGAUAGUCCCCAGCAUUGCCCCUGAAGGGUUUUCUCUAAUGCUAUGGAGCUGGCCUUUAUAAAUGUCCCCCUUUUACAGAAGCAUGGGGCAGUGCUGGUGGUGAGUGGUUGUUUUCUAGAUGCUACUUAACGGGACGGGGCUCUUUUGAAAACCCAGAGAAAAUGGUAGUUUCAAGUCCAUCACAUCGGGCACUGGGGAUGGAGCUCAGUGCUGAGCAUGCGUGAGAGCUGGGUUCAAGCCCCAGCAUCUAAACGAACAGAGAAGCACAAACCAGAAAACAGAGAUUUUAGUUCAAUCGCAUGUACCAGUGGUCCAGCUAAAAUCACCAUCAAAAUCCGUGCAGGUUUGGCGUGUGUGCUGUGACUGUCCAUAAGCCAUAGGAUGCAGCAAAUAUUCUCUACCAAAUUUCCCACUAGUUCCGUCAUUUAACUGUCAGCGAGAACGAUGAGCACUCCUGAGUUUGGGGGCAAGAAGGAGGCAUCAGAAAGAAUUUAAAUCUGUCUACGCCAGGGUCCUCUCCAUCCCCUCACCUUCUGCCAUUGUCCCUCUGAGCCGUUACAUUAAUCGAUGGAACACACCUGAAAGGUAUGAAGUGCAAGGAAAAAGGAGCCCCUGGGCACUCGGCCCAGCCUGCGCACCAGCGCAGGGGCACCAGAUGCCCCUGGUCUCAUCUGGCCGCCAUUUGCCUUUGUAUGGUUUGUGAGCUGAGGACGGAUUUUGCAUUCUUUAGUGGUUAACAAAUAAGAAGAAUAACGUCUCAUGGCACAUAAAAUUAUCAGAAACUCAGAUUUCACAGUCCUUGAGUAAAGUUUUAUGGGCACACAGCUACAUCCACCUGGCCGAAGACCACCUUUGCUCUGCAGUGGCAGAGUUGAGGACUUGUGUCAGAGACUACAGAGUUCCACAAAGUCUAAAAAUUUGACAUCUGACCCUUUGUAGGGUCAAAGUCAAGAUCAGAGGACCCAUCAGAAGGCAGCUUCCCCUCCUCAUCUUCUGCCCACCCCCAGGCAACCUCUCUAGGAAAUUUUGAAUCGAUCUUUUCCUUGCUUCAGAAAAGAAAAUCAUUUAUUAUAUAAUUUUGUGUCCUAAAACUGUGAUUUAGUUGUGUUUGUCUUUGAACUGUUUGAAAGUGAGGCUGUGCUGUGUGGAGACUUCUGUGACCUGCUUUGGUGGUUCCAAAUCACGUUUAUAAGACUUGUUCCUGUUCUCAUGUGCAUUCCUUUGGCAAAGCUCCUACACUCU